UGAAUAUAUGCCUAUGGCGAUCUUUGAAAUUAUCUCUGAUCGCGAUAGUUGCUAUAGAUUUUUUUCUUAUCAUAGAGAUAAGAAUUAUUAUAUAAUAUAUCAAUACAUGCUGUAAUUGACUAAAAAUUCAUUUUGUAAUAGAUCACGUUUUGUAUAACUACUACCAUGGCUUUAAAGUUUGCUAGUAACCUAUCUUUUAUGUUUACGGAGGCCCCCAGUAUUAUUGACAGAUAUCAGCUGGCUAAACAAGCAGGAUUUAAAGCAGUUGAAAGUGGAUUUCCAUUUGGCUUUUCUAUUCAACAGGUUGCCGCAGCUAGAAAGAAAGCAGAUGUCGAUCAAAUACUUUUAAACGUAUUCACAGGUGAUGUUACAAAAGGAGAAUUGGGCUUUGCUGCAAUUCCAGGUGAAGAGGAAAACUUUAAAAAAAGUAUUGAGAAAACGAUAGAAUAUGCAAAAGCUUUGGAUUGUAAAAUGAUUCAUGUAAUGUCAGGAAAAGUGGAAUCGCCCACUGCUGCUAAUGACAUAGUUUAUGAAAAAAAUCUGUUAUAUGCCAUUGAAAAAUGUAAAUCGGAAGACAUUGUCGUUCUUAUUGAACCAAUUAAUAAUUACAGUGUUCCUAAUUAUUAUAUGAAUAAUUUUCAGAAAGGUUUAAAUUUGGUUAAGAAGAUAAACAGUAUACACUUUAAGCUACAAAUGGAUAUUUUUCAUUUACAACAUUGCUGUGGUAAUAUUACAAAAUGCAUUCAGGAUUUUUUACCUUAUGUGGGCCACAUUCAAAUAGCUCAAGUUCCUGAUAGGCAUGAGCCAGAUACUCCAGGAGAGAUUGAUUAUAAAUAUGUCUUUUCUUUAUUAGAAAGAACAGGCUACACUGGAUAUAUUGGUUUAGAAUAUUGGCCAAAAUCAUUAACAACAGAAGGAUUAAAUUGGAUUAAGAAAUAUGGUUACAACCUGUAAAUAGAUAUUUAUGUAUGUAUAUAUAUCAAUGUAUAAAUGAUUUUUUUUUAUUUAUAAUCUCUUAAAUGAGAAAUAUAUUUUCAUAUUAUAUCUGUAUUACAUAUGAAUUAUAAUGAAAUAAACAUCUACAUACCAAUUUUAUGUAAACAUAUAAA